CCAUUGUGCACCCGCGGUUGGAGAGAUCGAGCAAAAACACAGCAGUCGCUUCGCAGCAGCUUGAAAGCACCGCAAAAAUGCUCGCUAAGCUCGUUUUUCUGGCGGUCGUCGCCUGUGCCAUGUCCCAAGUGCUGGUCUACCCAGGCGGAGGCGGCUACGUUGAUCCCCCGCAGCCCUACCACUUCAGCUACGACAGCGUGAACCCGGUGGAGGGAGCCCACCACUACCACGAGGAAACCAGCGACGCCACCAACUCGCGUACGGGCUCGUACGGCUACACCGAUGCCAACGGCAUCACGCGCCGCGUCGACUACGUCGCUGACGCCGGAGGAUUCCGCGCCACCGUUACCACGAACGAGCCCGGAACCGCUGCCAGCGCCCCGGCUGACGUGCACUACAAUUCGCCCUACUCCCACUAAAACGGGUUCAGGCCACACACUUAGCAGUAAGCAUGUUGGUUAGCCACACACAGUCGAGGGGGCGUGUUGUCAUUUCGAACGCCUGCGGCCUUAUCCUGCCCUCUGCUUGAAACGACGGCAGAAGAACUUUACCGAAUUACCAUUCCACACAGAUCUCAAAAAGGUAGUGGCCUUUUUUUUUGCUUGGUUCAUGCGAAAAUGUGUGAACAGACAGAUAAAUUUAGUUAUUUGCAUUUCUUACCAGAUAAACGCAUUCUUCGCUUAGCGUCACCAUCUCUUUAAGCAUGCAGAAAAAUUCGUCGCUUUAGCUAAUAUUACGCACCACAAUUUAGGAGCGCUUGAACAGACAUCAUUAUUUGUAAGUGCUGGCAAAAUGUUUUACAAUGCACGCUACCAGGAUACUAGCGAAAGAAGAAAAUUUAGCGUAGUUUAUUCCUGCUAACAAUGCAUCUGAACCUGAAUUGACAAACCCUUUCGUUCGUAAGUGCUGUCCACCAUUGGCCGACCACCUUAGUGAAUUAUAUAUCCGACACCAUGAUUGGCUGCAGUUUAGUCUUACGAAAAAUUUCAACAUGAGAACUUCGUGUUCUUAAGUUGUUCUUAUGUUCAACAUAAGUUCCUACGAAACCGGAACGGAUGCGAAAUCAUUCAGUUGAUAGCAUCAUAGCACUGCUAAAAUAAUAACAUUAUUACGCUCAUAAAUUUUCCUGAGAUUUCUCAAAAAAUAUACGCGUUACAUGAGUCAGUAUUGCCAAUUACACGAAUGCUACUCUCUCACUCCACGUGGCCAGCUUUCGUCUUAAUAUCUUGUUUCAGUUCUGAAUCACGGGAACACUUAGCCAAUGCUUAAUACGCAGAUGCAAUUCUAGACACUAAAAUGUGCAAUAAAUUUCGCAGCUAACAGAGCUUAGCUAACCGCGGCUCAUAUGUAAAUUUUCUAAUUUUCUUGCAGCAUUUAUUAUGGGUAGUUAAUUUUUAUGCUUUUGAAAAUACUUGUCCGGUUCGUUAGCCACGAACGCAAGUGGCCCUUGCCCACCUGUAUUUUAUGAAGGUGGGAGGAACUGCUUGUGCUAGAUGGGCCGCGAGUGGCGAGAAGACACGCGCCAGAGGCCAUACAAGCUAUUAUGAAUAGAAAAUACGUAAAAAACAACAAAAAAGGACAAUAAGAGCGCAGUUUUUUUGUCUUUGUACUUUCGUGGAAUCGUCUAGUGUCGUCCUAUUAUGUGAAGCAUGUGAUGCGUCAGUGUAUUUAUUUGUCAUUUAUUCUCAUCUGCUUGGUACGUGUACGUGCUGGUUGGCGCUUGUGUGUUCCUAUUUACGUCCACAAAGCUUGCCUUUUCGUUAAAUAGAAAAGGGAUUCAGGUAGCACUGCUAGCGUUCUUCAUGUGUGUGCACUAUGGGUUCAUUUUGUAUGUGAUUUCCUAUUUACUGUAACUGAGCCUGUUCAAUACAAUUUUCACACCACCAGACCAACAGGCACAUUGGGCGGGCUUAUUCUCGUUCCGGUCUAUCGUCACACUUUGGGGCCUCUGUCUCUAUGUGGCUAAGUCGCUUUUGUGCCAAGGAUUGUCAGGGAUUCUUUCGCGUAGCCUUAUGUGUGCAUUGAUGUUGUUUGUGUGUCUAAAUUUACUUAUUCUAGAACGUAGUUCUCUUAUAGAGAAACAUUUCUAAACUUAAUGUCUAAUAUUGCUGAAAGUUGGAAGAUGUGUCCGCUGGGAGGGCGCAAAACGUGUUCACUAUUAAAUGUUAUUAUAGCUUGAGGAAACCUCUGGUGUUCAGAGCGCUUUCAAAACUGCCAGGUUGCCUGCUUCUUUACCGGAAAAAAAAACGACGCUUAGAGCGAUUAUUGGAGGGAAUGCUUUCAGUGUAUUUCACUGCUUUCUUUGUCCCGUGCCUUGUUCCAGUGUUCUUUGUUAUGUACAGAAAACAAUAAAAAGAAACAAAGCGCUGAAACCGUA